CCCAGAGCAGCACAAGGCUCCAGCCUUCUGGUUUUCAUAACAGCAGCCCCCUCCAGUAGGGUUGAGGCAUGGGAGGAGCUUGCCCAAACUCAAAUAAACACUGACAUGCAGCAUCUUAUGAGGAUGUGCAGCCUCCACAGGACUCACUGCAACAGCUGGAAGGACAAGGACUGAAACUGUAACUCCGGCAAGAUGAUCAAGUCCUUCAAGCAAACAUUUCUGUCCCUGGACCUGCAGUCCCCUCGCUGGAGCUCAGCAGAGGCAAUGGCAAAGGACUACGAACUGCGCCAGUAUGAGACAGCCAAGUGGGUGAGCACAGUCAUCAGGGGGGAAACCCAGAAGGAAGCAAUGCGCCAGGGCUUCUGGAAACUCUUCCACUACAUCCAGGGAAAGAAUGAAAAAGAAAUGAAGAUUGAUAUGACUGUGCCAGUGACCUGCCUGGUGAAAUCAGGCUGCACAGACUUCAAGAUCUCUUUCUUUGUGCCAUUUGAACAUCAGGACUGCCCCCCCCAGCCCACUGACUCUGAUGUGUUCAUUGAGGAGCGGAAGGCAGCAGCUCUCUUUGUCCGGUCCUUUGGCGGAUUUGCCUCCCCAGAGAAGUAUGCUGAGGAAGCUGAUGCCUUGGCCAGAACCUUAAGAAACAGAGGCCAACCAUUCCACGAAGACUUCUUCUACACUGCAGGCUAUGACAGUCCCUUCAAGCUCUUCAACAGGCAUAAUGAAGUGUGGUAUUUUAAAAAGUAACACCAUGGGGUAAUAUUAAGAGGUUACUAAUCAGCUCUGGAUGAAAACAGACCUUAUUAUUGGCUUUUUAGUGCAGAAGAGAUUUAAUUCACACAUGGACACAAGGUCCCAAUUUAUUUUGUCUAGGAUGAAGUAUUUUUCUGGAUAAGAACAUCCCCAAAAUGUAAUUAAACCUCUUACCAGCUGGAGUGGGUGAGAAACAUAACAAACUUACUCCUAUUGAAAGAUUCUAAGCAGCACUAAUAAUGUGAAAAUAAGCCUGCUGAAUUUUAUGUAGCUUUAUUUCUCAUUGCAAGUGCUACAGCACUAGUUGAAGUGUUACAGAAAGGGAGCUCAUAACUGACCUCCAUAAGCUGACUUCCCUCAUAUUGACAUGACCCCUGAGACCAGGGAGGAAUUGAAAUUAUUUUUUCAGAGAAGCAAGCUUCCAUUAAGGAGCAUUAGAAAGCAGAAACAUCUUAGCAGGCCUUAGUGACUCAUAAGUGUCAGUAACUGUUGUAAAUUAGAAUUAUCACAAUAUCCCACCUCUACAACUUUUUCCCCCUCGUGAAGACUAAGUGUUGUGCUGUUUAAAUCCAGAACCCUUGGAAAAGACCAGUCCAAGCUGUACACUUGUUCUGAGAUCUGCACCUGAACACUUAUUACCAGGAUUACUGGUAGACUAUUACUUUAGUAGCAAAUACACAAGUAGUAAGUUUAGUUCUUUCCUUAAAAGACCUGAAAUACUCCUUAAGUUAUUUAGCUUUGUCUAAAUACAGUCCCUGCACACCA